GUGAUUAAAAUCAUUAUGUAUGAUGUUGUUAAUAGAUUUUGUUUUCUUUCUAUUGCAGGGCAAGCAAGAAUAAACGCUUUAGAAGAAGAAGAGCAAGCAAUGCACGCACUAAACUUACAGGAUGAUUCAUAAGACCGUUUUGUAAACUAGCUAUCUUUCUGUACAGAACCCGCGAAUUUUAAUUUUUAAAUAAACGUCUAUUGGCCUCCCUUCCUCGUUCUCUCUGUGGUGUAAAGUGUUCAGUUAACAUUGUGUGUGUUGUGGCUUUAGGUCUUCCCGUCUUCCAGUGACUGCUGAUUACACGUGUUACAAUAGAGACCUUGAAGGACAGUCGCGUAGUUGGUUAACCCACAUACCAUUCCCAAGGACAAAUAUAGGACUCAAUUAUUAGUCUCUACUGUCAAAUUUUCUCUAUUUGUCUGAAUUAAUCGAUUCCGACAAAUCAUUGUAUGCACAGAUGCCUAGUACAUUAUGGAAUCCGAUUUUUCCCAUACUGAGUAGGGAGUUUAGUUGCCGUAGUUUCAACUUAAUUCGACACUUCGAGCCGCAGACACCGAAAGAAGUCGGACCAAAUGACCGGAACAAUCGCCUUUCUAAGUCGUAUGAAUUGAUGAUGCGAACCGUACAAAACAGAGUAGGUCCGACCCAGAGGCCUCGCAAAAGACUAUACACCAUAUUGCUUUCUCGUCGAGAGAACAAAAUGUCGGAAUCAGUUAGGAUGUCCACUCCCGAAGGGCGGGCGCUCAUUUUUAAGAGACUAAUUGAUGGACAAAAACGUUUGUGGCCGCAUGCUUGGUAGUUUGUUUGCUUCAACUUCCCAGACAUAUUUUUGAAAAUUUGUGUACUUCUAUUUCACUCUAUCUUCAAAUAUAGUGCGUAUCAACGA